AAAUUUCAUUCUUCACCAAGCAGUAGCAGCCUGCAUUACUGCCUGUGCGCCAUAGCCCGCACCGAGCCAGCAGCUCCGCCGCCUUCGCCUCAAGCUUUCAGUCAGAAGCUCUGUCGACCGUCGUCCACUCGUGAGCAACUCCUCAGGAUCGAAUGAUCAAAUCCUUAACCCUAAAUUCCUGGUUAAAAAUUGAUUCUUGAAGACUGUUAAGGUUAUAAUUGUCGAUACGUGUAAAGUUAAGCUUCACCAAAAACUAAAGCCAGACAUUGAUUUUCUAAGAUCUGGAGAGGAGCUAUCAUGUUUGGGACAGCAAUAAGGUACAUGGUGGCGAGGAAGCCAAAGCCAAAGAUGAAACCAAUAGAGCUGAAAACCCCACCAGAGCAGACACAGACUAUCACCAGGGUUAUUUUUGACAUUUUGAAGGAGCAUGGUCCUCUCAGCAUUGCUGAUACCUGGGAACGUGUGAAGGAAGUUGGAGUCCGAGGAUUAACAAGCAAAAGGCACAUGAAGAUAGUGCUAAGAUGGAUGAGGGAAAGACAAAAGCUUAAGAUUAUAUGCAACCACGUAGGUCCCAACAAGCAAUUCCUGUAUUCCACCUGGUUUACAAAACCAGACAUUAAACCAACACCACUUGGAAGAGGCACUUCACAGCCUAAGUUACCCUAAUCCUCGAGCUUUCAACCGGUUAUUUAACAUCCCAAGUAUCUCGUUUUAAACCUUCGUUUCUUAUAUUAUCCCAGACCCAGAGUUAAACAGAUGGUUAGUUCUGUUGCCCUUUAAACCACCAAACUAGCGUGAUCUAGGUUAUAAACCACAAUAUGAAAUAAUGCUGUUCUUGUAUAGGGAUAGUGUCUUUUUCUGGUUUCUUUGCAUGA